CCUCUCUCGAAUUGAAUUCUCUAUUUUCUUCGCUUUUCUCGUCGGUUGUUGAAUCCGUCAUAAAAAUCUGAUGUUGACAUAACGAUUUUUUUUCCUUACCAACUGCACACGUUUUAAAGACGCGAGUUGGAAUAAAGAGCCCGAGUUUUUAGUUUUUCUUUUUUUUUGGUUAGAAUAAAACAUAUUUUUAUGUGAAAAAAUGUUAUGAGAUUCGGAGAAAAGUCAAAAAAUAAUAAUAAUAAUAAUAAUAAUGAAUGAUGAAAUCUUUCAAAGCGUCGGGGGACGGUAAAUGCAAUUUUUUAAGCUACGAACGAAGAUAAAUAUUAAUAAAGGUCGUGAAUGAAAAUAAUAUAUUAGCAAAGAUAGUAAUGCUAAAUAUAAAUUUUAAAGAUUAAAAAUGAAAAUAAAACAUUAAAAAAAAUCACGAUUGUUAAUUUUACACAACCCCUAUAUAUUGAUCUCUUUGUUCUUCCUUCUUCCUCAGUCGGUCAGCCUGAUCUCAGUAUGUUAAUUUCGGUGUUUCUGUCCUCUGCUAUUCUGAUGCAACAGUAGAUUUUCGAGUAGCUGAAUAAAGGAAGAGAGCCAUGAAUUUAUCAAGCUCAAUUUCAAGUCCAUUUGGAAAGUUUGAGAGGCAAACUUCUUGUCUGCCUGUGGUAGGUAAAGAUAAAGCAAUCAGGCUUCAAGUGAAAAUGCAGCAGCAGAACAAGUCACCCUCAGGGUUAGCUACAAAACGACAAGCUAUUCAAAUGGUACCUGUGAGUGAGGUACUGACAAAAACUAAACUCAGACAGCGUAAAGAACAUCCACUUUCAGAAAAAGAGCUUAAGGUUCUGGGUUCAGAUGAAAAUUUCAGUUGGGCCAAUGAUAAUUAUAACAUUUGGCUAAGGACUAUAGAUGUUUGGUUUUUUGUUAUUUCCCUGCGUACUCGAAUUCUCUUUGACAACGCAAAAUGGACUUACUUAGGAGGUUUCUCAGAAGAUGAACAGAAAAAGAGAAGGAAAAGAACUGGCUCAUGGCUACGGGAGCAAGUCUUACAACUUGGUCCAACUUUCAUUAAAAUUGGACAAUUGUUUUCGACAAGAUCAGAUUUAUUUCCCCGUGAGUUUGUCAAUGAGCUUGCCAAAUUGCAGGAUAGGGUCCCUGCAUUCUCACCAGAGAAAGCACGACGAUUCAUUGAGAGCGAACUAGGAGCUCCCAUCGAAGAGCUAUUCAAGGAGUUUGACGACCAACCAAUUGCUGCAGCUAGUCUUGGUCAGGUACAUCGAGCUAUACUGCACAAUGGGGAGAAAGCUGUUGUAAAAGUUCAAAGGCCUGGGCUGCAGAAGCUUUUUGAUAUUGAUUUCAGAAAUUUAAAGCUAAUUGCGGAGUAUUUUCAGAGAAAUGAGACUUUUGGCACAAGGGAUUGGAUUGGUAUAUACAAAGAGUGUGAAAAGAUUGUGUAUGAAGAACUCGAUUAUAUAAACGAAGGAAAAAAUGCUGAUUGGUUUCGUCGAGACUUUCGGAAUGUAAAAUGGGUUCGAGUUCCUAUGGUGUUUUGGGAUUACACUGCCACAAAGGUGUUGACGUUGGAGUAUAUUCCAGGCAUUAAGAUAAAUGAGUUGGAUGCAUUGGAUUCAAGGGGAUUUAAUCGUUCUCGGAUUUCUUCGCUUGCCAUUCAAGCAUACUUGAUUCAGAUACUGAAAAAUGGCUUCUUUCAUGCUGACCCGCAUCCUGGAAAUCUUGCUAUUGAUGACAAUGAAGCACUCAUUUAUUACGAUUUUGGUAUGAUGGGGGAGAUCAAAUCUCUUACACGUGACAAACUUGUUCAACUUUUUUAUAGGGUGUAUGAGAAGGACACAAGAAAGGUUAUCCACAGCCUCAUAGAUCUUGGUGUACUUGAGCCCAAAGGAGAUAUGUCAUCGGUGAGAAGAUCGGUACAAUUCGUUUUGGAUAAUUUAAUGAACCAGAAGCCUGAUCAAGAGACUACUGUGGCAGCUAUCGGAGAGGAUUUGUUUGCAAUAGCUCAGGAUCAACCAGUGCGGUUACCAUCCACCCUUAUCUUUGUUUUGAAGGCAUUUUCUACACUAGAAGGAAUAGGAUACAUGCUGGAUCCAGAUUUUUCCAUUGCAAGGAUUGCUGCACCAUACGCACAGGAGCUUCUAGAUAUCAGACAAGAGCAGCAAACUGGGACGGAUUUCGUGGACCAAAUCAGGAAACAAGCUAAUGAUGCUAGGUUUUACACCAUGUCAAUGCCAUACAGAAUUCAAAGAAUAGAAGAAAUUGUGGAACAACUUGAAUCAGGAGAUUUAAAACUCCAUGUCCGGGUACCAGAGUCAGAGAGAGCAGCAAGAAAAGCAAGAAUACUGCAAAUGGCAGCCAUGUUCACAGUACUGGGAGGUUCUUUACUAAACCUAGGGGCCAUUCUUAGUAUCGAAGGAUGCCAACUUAUUGCAGAAGUAUCAUUCAUUGGAGCAGGGGUUUUCAUGACUCUGGUUCUUAUGUCAAUGCAAAGGGUGAAGGGACUCGAUCAAUUUGAGAAGAUGUUAGGUUGACUUUUAACCCCACAAGCAAAUUUAAUUAGCACUCUUCUACAUGCACGAAACAUGAUUUAUUCUUUUUUACAGUUGAGAUUGCUAGAAUUUGAACCAUAAUUAUUAAAAUUAAAAUUCGAAUAUUUUAUUUAUAAAUCACAUGAUUAUUGCCUACCCUAUUUAAUUAUACAAAA